AUGACUUCUUCUCUCUUCUUCCUUGCUUUCCUUUGCUUACCAAUAUCCCUUAUUAAAUCUCAAGAUAAUAUAGCUUCUCCUGGUCUUGCUUAUGAGAGCCCUGUUCCAUUCUCACCAGAAGCAUACUCAUUUUUCCACACUGAUACUCAACAGCAAAACACUAGUAAUGAAAAUUUAUGUGAAUCAUCAGAAUCUGAGUGUUCUGAAUUUCAUAUAACAGCAUCAAAUAUGCAGUCAAAUCUUGCAUAUGAAAACAUAUCACCACCAGAAGGUGGUGAAAAACGACUGGGAGGUGGUGGCAUGACUGGAAUUCCAUUUGGUUUUCUGUUUGCUAUUCUUUUGGGUUUUGGGAUUCUCUUUGUGGUCAUCACACGGAAACGCAACUCCAGCAACGCUAAUCCUGUUCAGCUUAAUGUUUGA